UAACUAUCUUUCAUUAAUAACUUUCUAAAAUGGUAAAGGUUGGUACAGUAGUAUUUAUAUUUAAUACUCCGUAUUUGUCUUUCUUCAAAAAAAAAAAAGGUGAGACUAUGGAUCGCUAGUGAGCUAGUCAUCAAAAGGAUAAGAUUUAGGCAGUUCGUGGCCUCAUGCCGUUUCAUUCCUUAAGAUAAAGCUCCCAAGAUCAUGCUCACCCUCUCCAAACAAAUCCCUCUGCCCCUCACACAGUUCCCCUCUAAACCUCACCGCAGCCCCUGCCUACCUUUCACACUAGCUACAAUUAAGGCCGGUGCUUCCGGAGAUGAUCCGUCUCCGCGGGCUCCGAGCCCGGUUGGGAUGCGGUUCCGGACAGGGCCCAGAAAACGAAGACAGAUGCAGCAGGAGGUCGGUUCAGGCGACGGAGAAGCGGCGAUGAGAGCAAAAACGCCGCCACCGGCUAAGGAUCGGGAAUCGAUGAGCCUUGGGGAGAAAGUGGCGGAGAUUUACAUGGGAGAGAAGGGUGUUCUCUUCUGGCUUAACAAAUUCGCUUACGCUUCCAUCUACAUCGUCAUCGGAGCAUGGAUAGUGUUUCGGUUCGUCGGCCCCGCCCUCAAUCUGUAGGACCUCAGGCGACUGUAUCAGUUGGAGGUGCCUCCCUUGGCUCCAGAAUCCAUGAUUAAGGGUUCAUAAUAGUAAGCUCGAUCAAUUUCGGGCAGGUUCGUAAAUUAUAACAGAGAUUCAUCGCUGGGGGGGGGGACAAUUUCUUGGAAUGUUGAUCCAAAAUGUCAUUUGUUGAUCCAAAUUGAAAUUGAGAUUAAGUGCUGUAUUUGCAGUCUUUAAAACCAUGUGUAAUUUGUUGGUCCAAUUUGGCUACACAUAUUGUUCCAUGAAUGCCAUAAGUUCUCGUAUCC